UUUAUCUUUUUUUGAACUCGACGCUUAUUUGCUAAAUUUAUUUUAGAAAAAAGUUUUAUUCGUAUUUCGCAACGCUUUUUGCAGUAAUUUUUUAAUACUUUGUUUUAUUGUAACGAAGGGGCGGGCAAGCAAGAUAAAAGAGUACAUAAAAACAAGUUGAAAUAAAAGAAAAAGUAUUCUAAAUGGAGUUUAUAAUGUAGUAUUAAAAUGUUUGCUUUACGGAACACUGCAAAAAGAUCAGUUUGGUUUGCUUUUUUCAAUUCAUUUUUAAUCGCAUGCUUCAUCUUUUGGUUUAUCGAGACGUAAUACAUCUGUAUAAUUUAUGUGCAUACAAAUAAGUUUUCACUAGGAGGUUCAUCAGAUUUGAGAUCUGAAAAAAAAAAUGAAAUAACAAUAAAAUAGUAAAUUCAAAAUUGUUGCUCUUAAAACCUGUAAUCGAGAGUUUUCAACUAUUGGUUUAGAUAGUAUAGCAUGUCAUCAUUAACUGAAUCAGAAAACAACAAUGAUAAAGAGUCUCAGCAACCAGAUGGAGGAUUCGGAUGGGUUAUAGUAAUUGCCGCUUUUUCGAUUCAGUUCAUCGUGUUGGGAAUAAUGAACAAUUUUGGUUUGCUAUUUGCUAUGCUUCUAGAAGAAUUUCAUGGAACUAAAACUCAAACAGCAUGGGUUGGCUCAAUAACAUACGGUCUUAUGUUUCUUUCCGGACCAAUUGCCACAUCAUUAUGUCAAAGACUUGGAUGUCGAAAAGUGGCUGCUCUAGGUGGGGUUGUUGCAGCACUAGCAACAUUAACAGCAUCUUUUUCAAAAAAUUUGAGCCACAUGUAUUUAACGGAAGGACUUUUAUUUGGAAUUGGAGCUAGCCUUUGUUAUUUUCCUUCCGUUUUAAUUUUGCCGCAUUACUUUAGGAAACGUUUGUCUUUAGUCAAUGGCAUUGUUUCGUGCGGAUCGGGAGUUGGUACAAUGGCUUUAGGACCAAUUUUAAACUUUAUUAAUGAAAGUUAUGGUUGGAGAGUAUCUAAUCGUCUAACUUCAGUUUUGUUAUUAUGCACAUCUGCAGUUAGUUUUUUGUACCGGCCAAUAAUAUUAUCACCAUCCCCCUCUAACAACUACAAACAACCGCUAUUUGAUUUCUCAAUAUUUCAAAACAAAGCUUUUAUUGUAUUUACAUUUGCUUUGUUUAUUUUUAUGUUGGCUUAUUUUGUUCCAUUUGUGCAUUUGACUCAGAUGGCUAUUGAGUAUGGUAUUCCGUUGAAAAAAGCAUCUUUUCUUAUUGGUGUUAUGUCCAUAGCAUCAACAGUUGGUCGAUUGUUUUUUGGUCAUAUAGCUGAUAGUAACCGUGUUAAUAGACUUUAUGUUUAUCAAAUAGCACUGCUUGGUAUUGGCGUUUCAAACGCUUUAUGUCCAAUUAUGGUUACGUUUCCAGCUCUAUUAGUUUAUUGCUGUUUAUUUGGUUUUUUUGAAGGAUGCUAUGUGUGUCAGGUUGCGGUUAUAACAGGUGAUAUUGUUGGAUAUGAUCGCAUGGCAGUGGGCGUGGGAACACUUUUUGGGAUUAAAUCAAUACCCCUUACUUUAGGAGCCCCGCUUGCAGGAUUCAUAUACGAUAAAUCUCAUUCAUAUCACGUUGCUUUUUAUGUUGCUGGAGCUAUUCCUACAAUUGCUUCAUGUAUUAUGUUUUUAAUUCCAUUUUUGAUGCCUCCUCCGGAUCAUAAGUUUUGGGUUCGUAAAGCUUCAUUAUCUAAUAAAUCUAAUCUGAUAUCGAUAGAAGAAGGAAAAUCUUUUGUUAAAAAUAAAGAAACUCAUGACCUUGUAGACAAAACAUCAGCAUCAUUAUUCCGAUCACUAAACUUUGCUCAUUUAGGCCUUGAAAAACGAGUAGUUUUUAAAAAUUCUGAAAGCAUCGCAUCUUUUGGUUCAAUGAUAAUUACACCUGCAGUAAAGAAAAAAAGUUCUGAACUUUUGGUUAUAGAAAGAUUAACUGUUGUUUAAAACAAAUUUUACGUGGCAGUUCUAGACCGUUGGUAUAAUUUGGUGCUAUUGUGAACAAAGGUUAAGCUUUGUGCGGACAUAUCUUUCAUUAUGUUGUCGCCGUUUCAAAAAACAGAUAAAAAGUUUUUUCGUAUUAUGAAAUCUCAGAUCAAAUCAAAGAAAUAACAAUCUAGAUGCCAAAAUCUUAUAAUAUAAGUUAAGCUCGCGUAUUAAUUGAGAGUUUUUUUAAUAUUUGCUAAACUGUAAAUCAAUUGAAGAUACUUAAAAAUUGUCAAUCAUAAUACAA